CAUGUGCAGCACCAGUGGCAUCAGGGUGAGCCAACGCCAGAACAAUACGCGGAGUUCAGAAGUUCAACUGCACACAGCUCACACAGUGCGCACACAGCUCUUCGUUACAGUCCGGCUAUCAAUACAGCUCCCCGGCUGCAGGCCGUCGUUCUGGAUAUCAGAGACCAAAAACAGUCCAGCGCGCUCAUGGAGAGCGAAUUUAUCGUAAUUCCUCGCCGCCCGUCACCCACCGACAUCUAUGCUCGCCCUACAGAUGAUGGUCAGCGCCCGGCUGAUGUCGCUGCUUCAACUGGAAUCCAGAGAACUGCUGUCACUACAGCCAUGCCCGCACAAGCACAUCGACGGCAACCUGAUCACGAGGAUAAUAUCCGGGAAUGCUCAAAAGUGGACUUCGAUGAAGUAAUGGCGAUUGAUUCCCAAGUUGAAGACGACUAUGAGGAGCCUGUGGAUGAUCUGAGUGAUAGCGACAUGUACAUCGGCUCUGUAGAGGUUUAUCUUUUCUACAUACAUACACCGAUUCAUUACACUUUAGAGCCUGAGAAAAGCCUCCUCCUUCAGAUCGAAGCCGAUACAGAGCCGCCACCGUCAACGGCAAGACCUCCAGCUCGACCCACAGUUCCACAACCCAAUGUUCGACCAAUUGUACUCCCACCUGCCGAACAUCCCCAAUAUUCUCACUACGAGAAGGAUCCGGUGGAAGCACCACAUGCCAUGGCCGAUUCAGGGACACGGCAUCCUCAAGUGCGACCUGCUCUUAAACUUCAGGAAACAACCACCACAGAAGGGCCUGUUGCAAGGGAUUAUUCUGAGGAAGUC